AUGGUACAGAUGCAGAGAAUGGCUGAUAUCUCGGAGCCUAUGGCUCCAAACACAAUGCUUGAUAUGGAAGAAUUCAAGAUUUGGCAGCAGGAACGAGCGAAUAAGAGGCGUGUGGCGGAGCAGAAAGAGGAGAGAGAGCGGAAGGAGAAGCAGCAGCAGAAGCAGCAGCAGAAGCAGCAGCAGAAGCAGAAGCAGCCAAUGCAAAAACACAGGUCCUUUGGGGAGAAACUAGUUGACGAUUCAAGCGGCCCGGGCAGUGAUGGCGAGGGGCCGGCAAUUGGAGAUUUUGUUCUCCCCAAUGAACAAGCAAUAGCGGAUUUGCUGGUUAGUGCAAGUACACUCCCGCUGAUUGAGCAAAUGGGGCUAGGCCCAUACAGUGUCAAAACGGAACGUUCAAAAUACAACAGACGGAGGAGGAUAGCAGCGCUUGCACUAGCUACAAAGCCUGUGCAGUUUAUCAUUGGAUCUCCAUGGAACACCGUAAGGACCAGACCAACACGCCAGAUAUUGAUUGAUAAGGUCAAGAAAGCUCUCUCUGAGUUUAACUACUCAGAUGACACGUGUCUAGCUAUCAUAAUAUCUCUUACGAACAAUAAAAGAAGGAAUUCUAACAGAAAGAAAAAUAAGGAUAUUACUGAUGCCGGCGGUACAGUGAAAAAAGGAAGACCCCCCUCAACCGGCCACUAUGUUGGCAGGAGGAGGAAAUCAGCAAAGACUGCAGCCAGCAAUAGUUUGCCUGCUGUCCCUGUGGAGGUGGUGGGGCCGGGCGGGGCGUCUGCCCCUGCCGCUGCCGCUGCUCCGGAGGGACAAGCACCUGUUGCCCCUCAGCGGGCUACAGCAACAGCAGCAACCACACACCACAAGAAACCAGUGAGCCGGGACCGAGUUACAGCAGAGGAUGAUGAUGAUGCUUCUUCUUAUGUCUCCGCUGAAAGCUCGAUUAGCGUGGACACAGUGACUGGGGACACAACAUUUUCGGUGGGGGUGCCGGUGUCAGCUAGGCCACCUAUCUCUGUUGGAGCUGCAGUUUCCGUGGCUCAACCUGCUGUUGCACCUCAAUAUGAGCGGCUUCCGGCCAAUGUUAUGACUAUCGGUGCUCCCCGUAUGGAUGAUGAUGACGCACCGCUGCCCCCGUCGACAUAUCACCUUGUACAUCGUCUGAACUUACCAAGAAAGCAAGUGAUGUUGCCACCUCCAAAAUCUUCCACUGCUGCUCCCUAUGGCCUCAAGACGCUUGAGAUUUACUUCGUACUGGUGAACAAAAAGCACGUCCCUUACCAAUUCUCACUCGACUACGAAGAGUUCCGUAAGAGAUGGAAGGGGAAGGAUGUAUGGUACCGCUUCCCAGGUCAGGGAAAACAGGAUAUACUGUUGGAUGACGAAGAGCGAUACCGCAAGUUCCUGACCAAGGUCAAGGAGAGUGACGAGGCCCCGACUAUGUGGGAGCAUUCUGAUGCUGACUACUGUGAUGAUGAUGACGAUGCCAGUUUCUACUCAAAGCCACCACCACCACCACCACCACCACCACCAUCGCAACCGCAACCACAACCGCAACCGCAACCACAACCAAGGGUUAGCUUUGAUCCUUCUAUGACUAAAGAGAAAGAGGUCGAGAAUAUUACUGCCGCUCGUACACGGGCAGCUCGUACGGAGUCUCAACACAUCAAUGACUCUAAUGUCACGAGUUCAGAGACAGUAAUUGGUGACAAAGAAGGUGAGGGUGAGCCUGAACCUCCAAAGAAACGGAAACGUGGAAGGCCCAUGGGCUCGAAGAACAAGACCGAGACCGAGAAGCCCAAGAGAGUAUAUGUUCGUAAGGCUGCUAAAGAGAAGGCACCUAAAGAGAAGGCACCUAAAGAGAAGGCACCUAAAGAGAAGGCACCUAAAGAGAAGGCACAUAGGGAGAAGGCAAAGAAAAGUCGGAGUCAAGAUGCGAUACAGAAAGAGAUUGAUAGUAUGAGUGGUGUCAUGAACUGGGAUCAAUCAGCUGAGGUUGGUAGCUCUGCGGCUGCCAGUCCAUUGGUGGAGAGCUCUGCGGCUGCCGGUGAAUAUGAUGGUACCCAGUUGCCUGCUCGUCCAUGGCAGGACAUGAGCUCUUCACAGGUGCCGCCGCCAUCUUGUGGGCAGCCACUGCUUCGUGUAGCCACCCAAAAGAAUGCACCAGAGCCUAUGCCCUCAUGUGGACAGCCUCAGACAUCCGAGUUGACACAGAGCUUGACACAGUCUUCAUUCAUGCCCACACAGCCUAACGAUUUAGUGUCGUUCACAAGCACUGCGCCACCACGUGUGCUGCCCACGAUGUUUACUCAAACCCAGGACUAUGCGGGAGAGGAUGGAUUUGACAUUUCACGGCUGACGGGUCUUGACGAUGUUUUUGCUGACCCCAUUUCCACCCCGCCUCGUAGGAUGGGGCCUCCUCCUCUGAAUAGCUACAUGGGCUCUUUGAAAAUUAGGAAGCAGGCUGGAAGGCUCUCGCCCAUGGUGCCCCAGAACUCCCAGGUUCCGCACAUGACAUGGGACACGCCGAGUUACCAGAUGCCGGCAUCUACAUAUGCACAGCCGAUCCGUAGACUUGGAUCGAGGAGCAGGCAUCUCCAUCUUAAUGGAGCCUUGAGCGCUACACAAGCAAUGGCCAGUCAGGGGGUCAUUGAGGUUCCUGUAAAUAUGGUGCAUGAGUUGAACUCCAAUCUCAAAUUAUAUUCAUAUGAUAAUGUUCAACCGACAAGCUACCGCAAGAUUCUUGGACAUCCAGAACUGAUACCCCGGUCGAUGGCUCCGCCUAGGGCGAGCACUAGCUUUCAGAGAGCAAAGAUGUUGAUCAACCAAGCUGCGGCUACUGAUGGUGAUGGGCAGAUUACUCCAGCAAAGAGGGGCCCUUCUGCAAGACCAAGUGGUUCGCUGAAGAAGGUGAGGCUUGCGGCAGUGGAUAGGCGUGGCGAUAAUGGAGGAAGCGUCGUUCAAGUUCCAGAGACGCCGUUCAAGAUGUGA